AUGAGAAAGUCUCAAGGAAAGUGGAUCCAGACUAUACUUUUAGGGAAAAGAUCAUCGAAAUCUAAUCUCUAUCAAGAUACUACUUUAGGAAACAAGACCUCCAUUACUGCUAAAGCAACAUCAAACGAUUUUGUUAAUAAUUCCAUGAUUUCAAGCUCAGUUCCUCUUGUUACGCAUGCCAGUGAAGAACAUACAGAGUUAGCGAAGACUUCCAGUGUGAACCUAACGAAUAGUACAAGUGAAGUUGCAAGAAGUACCACUGGGCUAAAUACUGAAAAUGAAGAUGAGUUCAUCAGACUAGAGCAAGCUGCUAUCAAAGCACAGGCAGCUGUCAGGGGCUAUUCGGCUCGUAGGACAUUUUUGUCCCUCAACGGCAUCAUACUUCUUCAAGCUUACAUUCGCGGUCAUUUGGCUAGGAAACAACUUCAACCCCAAGUCCGCACACCAAAUCUCGAUGGCAAUUUAGUCAUUUCCGCCAAAACUAAAGAAUCUAAACAAAGUCUACGCAAAAUAUCUAUAUCAAUGGCUGUAGCUUCUGAACAGGGUCCACCUCAGCCCCAACCCGCGUCCAAGCCUAACUCCGAGCCUGAGCCUGAGGAUGAACUGCCUAUGAAUGUUGAGUCAAAUUGGAAAGAAAAUUUAAAAACAAGUGGUGCUACAAAACAAUCAAAAACAUCCGACUUAAACUAUACAAUAUCUUCGGAUGCUUGUGUUGGAUUUGACCUCAACGAGGAUGAAAUUGAAGAAAAAACAAAAAAGAAAGCUUCUUCGGUUGGUUUAACGGGAUACAACACCUAUUUAGAAAAAAUGGCGGAGGAGUUUCAUGUUUUUAAUUCGAAUUUUAAUGUGUAUAUGGAGUACAAAAAAGAAAAAUUACGUAAAAAGGAAAAAGCACGUGAAGAAAAGCAACGAACGGAAGAUUUAAAAGUGUUGACAAUGUGCGCCAAUCAUCUAUCGAGAAUUGAGCUUGAAACGGCGUUAGCGUUAAAAACAGAAAUAUUAAAAAAGUAUAGGAUGUCAUAG